GAUUUUACUACAAACACGAUUAGUUGUUACAAAUUUUUUUAAAAAUGCUGUAUUUUACUUUGAUUUGAUAGUGGAAUUAGUAAUUAAUAAAUAAAAUGUCAUCGAAAAAAGCACAAAAAUUAAAAAUACAAGCAGUACAAAAAGAACAAGUGCAACUAGUACAAAUUGAAAACAUCUUAACAAAUCUACUGAGCCAAGUGAACGAGAGCAUCAAUGAAUUGAAGGUGGAAGAACUCCAAAUUAAGUCCAGCCUUAUUGAACAGUAUACCUCAAACGAUUACGAUGAACUACCCACAACAUCAGCACAAGCAGCCUCACGACAUAAUUCCAUUCUACCAACUACUGAUCCCUUAAGCAUAGAACAAACAAAUAUUAAAAUGGAUAUGGAGGGUAUAGACGAUAUAAAUAAACAAAUACUGGCAUUGGAGACACUACUUGUUCCUCUCAAGAAAGAGAAAUAUAAAGAGGAGGAGGAAGAGGAAUACGAUGACGAUGAAGACGAGGAAGAGGAUGAUGAAUAUAGGCCAUCAGAUGAAGAGAAAUAAAAAACUUAAGACUGAAGACAUUUAAUUUUUUAUACAUUUUAUUUUAAGUUCUUAAACAUAAUUUUUAAUAAUUUAUUAUCAUAAUUACAAUAAUUUUGUUAUUAUAGUCUGCCAGGAAUAAAAGUAAUUUAUAUAAUUAUAAGUAUAUAAGUUAAU